GCCGGCCCGGCUCGGCCAGGCCCAGUCCGGCCCCCGGAGGACCAGCGCGGCGGCAGGCAUGGAGCUCGGCGAGGGGCGCAGGGUGGACGCGUACGGCUUCGAGCGGCCGGCGGACUUCGACCACGCCGCCUACGAGAACUUCCUGGCCGCCUACCUGGGGGUCCUCGCCCGCCGGGCCGUCAAGUGGGCCCGGCUGCUGCAGGGCGGCGGCCGCCUCCAGAGGAGCCUCACGGUGAAGCGCUACAUCCGGAAGGGCAUCCCCCUGGAGCUCCGGGCCCGAGUGUGGAUGGCGGUGAGUGGAGCCCAGGCCCAGAUGGACCGGAACCCGGGCUACUACCAUCAGCUCCUGCAGGGAGCAACGAAUGACAGCCUGGAGGAGGCCAUCAGGACAGAUAUGAAUAGGACCUUCCCGGACAACAUCCGCUUCCAGAGCAGCGCCGAGCCCUGUCUGCAGAAAACUCUGUUCAACGUGCUUUUGGCCUACGGGCACCAUGACCAACGUGUGGGCUACUGCCAGGGAAUGAACUUCGUGGCAGGCUACCUGAUUCUUAUUACGAAGAACGAGGAAGAGGCAUUCUGGCUCCUGGACGCCCUAGUGGGGAGAAUACUGCCCGAUUACUACAGCCCCGCCAUGCUGGGCCUCAAGACUGACCAGGAGGUGCUGGGCGCCCUCGUGAGGACCAAGAUGCCGGCUGUGGCAGCCCUCAUGGAGCGGCACGGCAUCUCAUGGACCCUGCUGGCAUCCCGCUGGCUCAUCUGCCUGUUUGUGGACGUCCUGCCCGUGGAGACAGUGCUCCGGAUCUGGGACUGUCUGUUCAACGAGGGCUCCAAGAUCCUCUUCCGCGUGGCCCUGACCCUCAUCAAAGAGAACCAGGCGUUCAUCCUGGAAGCUUCCAGCGUCCCUGAAGUGUGUGAGCGCUUCCGGCAGAUCACCAGGGGACCCUUCGUGACGGAGUGUCACGGCUUCAUGCAGAAAGUCUUCUCCGAGCCUGGACACCUGCCCAUGCGAGCCAUCACCCAGCUGCGAGAGCGCUGCAGGGCCCAGCUGCUGGCUCAGGGCUGACCACAGCCGUGGCCUCAUAGGAAAUGCUCACCUGCACUCAGGCGUGACCCUCUCAAGAAUGGUUUACAACUCCACCGGAUUCAGAGCUCUACAGCCUUCACUUUCUUAGUCUUCUUACCUGGGCAGUUCAUCUGA